CAAAAAUUAUACAAAUUUCAAAGAAUAUAUUUUAGUUUUUAAAAAAAUGUCUAUAUAAAGCGAAAAUACGAAAAUAAUAAAAUAAAUUUCCUUAAUAGGAUGCUCAAUUGCAUCUUCUUUAAUAAUGAAUUUCUUAGCCUAAAAGCUUUUACAAAAAAAAAAAGCAUUUAAUGCACUUAAAACCACUCUCUUUAAAGAAAUACUUCAAUAAAAAAGAGAAUAAGAAGAAUACUAAAAACAUAUUGAAAAUGAAAAAAAUAAUCUUCUAAAAUAAGAAUCUGUACAGCCCAUAAUUAAAAAAACUCAAAGCAUAAACAUUGAAAACCUUUUGACAAACGAACAAUAAAAAAACGAUAAUUAACCAAAUGAACCUGUCAAAAUAUAUAAAAUAUGCAUCACAGGGGGUCCUUGUUCUGGUAAAACAUCAGGAGUCGUUCUUUUAGCCGAAAAGCUAAGAGAUGAAGGCUUUUAAGUAUUUACAGUCCCCGAAGCAGUUCCUUUGCUUGUAAAUGGAGGCGGAAUGUUAGAUAUAUAAAAUUUAGAAGAAAAUUAAUAAAUAGCUUUUUAUAAAUCCCUUAUGAUCGAAUAAGCUUAAUUAGAAGACACUUUUUUAGGAAUCGCUAAAUUAAAUAAUUAAAACGCAAUUGUUUUAUGUGAAAGAGGUUUAAUGGAUAAUUCAGCGUAUUUAUCACAUCAUUUAUGGCAAGAGUUACUUAAUUAAAUGAAUAUUAAUGAAUUCACUAUUAGAGAUUAAAGAUAUGAUUGUGUAGUACAUUUAGUAACAUCAGCUGAUGGAGCUGAAGAUUUCUAUAAUAAAUAGAACACAAAUGGAAGGAGAGAGUCACCUUAAGAGGCCAUUAAUUUGGACAGGAAAAUUCAGUUAGCUUGGUUCGCUCAUUCUGUGUAUUUUAAAAUGGAAAACGAAUUAAAAUUUGACCAAAAACUUUAAUAAUUGGUCUAAACAGUUAGAAAAUAAGUUGGUUUGCCUGUAUAAUUAAAAAAAUUUAACAAAAGAUAUUUAAUUUAAAAUGAAAAAGAAUUCACAUAAAUAAUGCCUAAAGAUUUAAAAAUAUAAAAGUUUUUUAUAGAGGACAAUUUUGUCAAAACAGAAAUCAAUAGUUAAGAUCCUGAAUAUAAAUUUUACAUAAAAAUAAGGAGAAGAGGUUAGGAAUCUUAAUACACAUAUUCAUGGUUUUAAUCAGAAUAUAGAAACGGAAAAUAAAUCGGAAGCCAAAAAAAGUAACUUAAUUUUAAAGAAUAUCUCUUUAUGCUAUCUUUGUGUGAUAAAGCCAGGUAAAAUUUGUUAAAAGAAAGAAUCUGUUUUAUGCAAAACGGGCUUUUUUAUAUAAUUGAUACUUAUGAAAAUGUAAAAGAAGGCUUUAGUAUACUAAAAGUUAAGGUUUAAGAUGAAAAUCAGCCUCAUGUUGUACCUAAUUUCGUUAAAAUUAUUAGAGAUGUUACUCAUGAAAAAGGAUAUAGGAGUAGAAUUUUGGCAAAAAAAGAUUGGUAUGCACCAGAGGAAGAUGAAGAAAUUUUAAAUAUUAGAAAAGAUUAGUAUUUAUGAAAUUUGUUUUUUAUAUGUAUUAUUAAGUUUUUUUAAUCAAUCAAAAUAUUUAGUUUUCUCC